UCUAAUGCUGUCAUAUUAUGGAUAGGUGACAGGAUGUGGUUGGUGAGGGAGCUGGAUGAAUGUCUGUCUGUUUGGCACAGUAAUCAGUACUAAAAAUAAAAUAUUGGUUUCAAAUCUGGCACAAGGCCAGCAAUUUCAACCUCAGUACUGUUGGUACAUAUUUUAUUGACCCCAAAAGGAUGAAAGGAAAAGUCGACUUCAACAGAAUUUGAACUCAGAACAUAAAGGAUGAAAAGAUGGACAAAGAAGUUAUGAGGGGUUGUAUGGUGUGCUUAAAACAAAAUUCUCUUCAAAACUACUUAAAAAUGUCUGAAUAAUGUGUUGUUUUUUUUUUAAGGCAUCCAAGCUGUUCUAUGUGGAGGCAUAGAAGUCGAACACGGCUUAAAAUAUGAGGAUUGAAAUGCAAAGAGAUGGAAAAAAAUCAGAAUACAGAAAUCUUCAAAGUCUGAAAGCUCAGAAUAACAAAUUCUGAAAUGCUUUAAGACAAAAAAAAUAUUAUUAUUAUUAUUUCUACUCUAAGCACAAAGCCUUGAAAAUCUUUUGGGGAAAGGGGCUGGUCGAUUACAUCGACCUCAGUGCAUAACUGGUAUUUAUUUCAUCGACCCCCCAAAAGGAUAAACGGUUGAGUUGACCUCAGCAGAAAAAGUAGUUUUAAAAUAUGGUAUAUUAGUAUUUGGUCAGUUGUCCUCCUUAAUAUAAUUGUUUCUUCAGUUAUCCGUUAGGGACAAAGUUGUUAUUAAUAGGGCUAAUAAUGGUGGUGAGUGGAGGCGCAAUGGUCCAGUGGUUAGGACAGCGGACUCGCGGUUUCGAUUCCCAGACCGGGCGUUGUGAGUCUUUAUUGAGCGAAAACACCUAAAGCUCCACGAGGCUCCGGCAGGAGAGGGGUGGCGAACCCUGCUGUACUCUUCCACCACAACUUUCUCUCGCUCUUACUUCCUUUUUUCUGUUGUGCCUGUAAUUCAAAGGGUCAGCCUUGUGUCACGCUGAAUCUCCCCGAGAACUACGUUAAGGGUACACGUGUCUGUGGAGUGCUCAGCCACUUGCACGUUAAUUUCACGAGCAAGGCUGUUCCGUUGAUCGGAUCAACUGGAACCCUCGACGUCGCAAGCGACGGAGUGCCUACAACAAUGGUGAUGAGGGUAGAUUAGUUACCAUCGAUCUCUGUUUUUGACUGGAUGUUUAUUUUAUUGAUUCCGAAGCAACGAAAGAUAAAAUUGACAUCGACGGAAUUUGAGGUCAGAACGAAAGAAACACUGCUUGGACUAAAUAAUUACUAUUAAUUUUGGUACACUACAACAAUUUCGUUUCGGUAUAGUAUUUCCCAUUUUUAUAAGUUCUUGUCAGGGAACCUGUUUUUCAGCAAUACUUCCAGUAGUAGUUUUUCUUUGACCUCUUGUCUGAAAUUAGCGACUUUUCUGAGUGAAUUUCUACAUUUGUAUCAAAGCUGUAGGGAAAAGGAAGAUAAGAAAUCAGAUUAGAUUAUUAUAAAAUGACAUCUGCAUCACAGAAUUUUUAUAUAAACUGCAUCAUUCGUAUCGAACAUCUUUUAACUGAACAACGAUGUUAUACAUAACACAUGUAACACUGUUUCUAUGAAUACAUACUGAAUUACAGCAAAAUAUUUCUUCUGAACUGAACAAAGUUAUCGCAUCAUUGAAAUCUCAAUGCUUUGAGAUAAUGAAUGAUUAAUUCAAAACAAUAUGAAUAAAUAAGCAUUACAUUUGACAAAGGAAUCUGAACGCUAAUGGGUUAAACUGGCCGUAUUUCAAUAAAAUAUCUACAUAUUCUUUAUUCAAACCUGCCAGAUCCCAGCCCUCACACCCAUCCUACAAUGUCAUUCUAGAUAUAAACAAUACAUCGUUGGAAUCUUAAAUCUGUAAUUUAAUGAAUCAUUAAUUCACUAGAAUUUGAAUAAAUAAGUAUUACAUUUGACAGAGGAAAGCUGAGUGUUAAAGAGUUAAAGCGAUUAACAAGGAAGUUUGCAGCAUCUUCAGAUAUUAACAAAGAUUAUUAUUGAUGGAGAUAUAUCAGUAGAAAUAUUUAAGAGCAAUAUACUAGAAGAAGGAAAACAUUUGUGUACUGUGACAAGAGAAAGGAAGAUUAUGGAAAAUGAAUUAUAUUGGAGUAAAGAUGAAUAUAAAAAAAGAGUCUGAAGAAAUUGAUUUUCCUGAUGAGGAAAAGAAUGAAAAGGGCAAAACAUCAUAUGAUUGUGUUACCUGUGGUAAGUCAUUCUCUCGGCAAGCUAAGUUAGUCAUUCACCAACGUACUCAUACAGGAGAAAAACCAUAUCACUGUGAUAUCUGUGGCAAAUCUUGGGCUCAGAAAGGUAACUUGAUUACUCACCAACGUAUUCAUACAGGAGAGAAGACAUUUCGCUCUGAUAUCUGUGGUAAGCCAUUGUCACAAGAUAGUAAUUUAAUAGGACACAAGCAGAUUCAUGCAAGAGGAAAAUAUUUACACUGUGACAUCUGUGGUAAAUCAUUCUCGCGGAAAGAUAACUUAGACAUCCACCAACGUGUUCAUACAGGAGAGAAGCCAUAUCACUGUGAUAUCUGUGGUAAAUCGUUCGCUCAGAAAGGUAACUUGACUGCUCACCGACGUUUUCAUACAGGAGAGAAACCAUAUCAUUGUGAUAUCUGUGGUAAACUAUUGUCAAAUCGUAGUACGUUAACAAGACACAAACAGAUUCACACAAAAGGAAAAUAUUUGCACUGUGAUGUCUGUGGUAAAUCAUUUUUUGAUACUCAUCAUUUAACUACUCACAAACGCAUUCAUACAGAAGAAAAACCAUAUCGCUGUGAUAUCUGUGGUAAAUCAUUCUAUGAAAAUAGCUACUUAACUAGACACAUACGUAUUCACACAGGUGAAAAGCCAUAUCAUUGCGGUAUCUGUGGUAAAUCAUUUUCUCAUGGACCCAGCUUAACUGUUCACAAAUACAUUCAUUCAGGUGAGAAGCCAUAUCACUGUGAAAUCUGUGGUAAAUCUUUCUCUCGAAAUGAUCAUUUAACUGCUCACAAGCACAUUCAUACAGGAGAGAAGCCAUAUCACUGCGAAAUCUGUGGUAAAUUCUUCACUCGAAAUGAUUACUUAACUAGUCACAAACGUACUCACACAGGUGAGAAGGCAUAUCAUUGUGAUAUCUGUGACAAAUCAUUUUCUCAGAGAAGCAGCUUAACUACUCACAAGAACAUUCAUGGAAGAGACAAACCAAAUCAGUGAUCUAUCAUCAUUGUUUUCCAUGUCCACAUUUGCCAUUCUCUCAUGGGUCAGAUGUAAUUUUUUGAAGUGAAUUUUCUCUCUCCAGAUGGCCAUCUUGUUGCCAACUUUCACCUGUUUCAAACUAAGAUAUUUCCCUAUGACCAGGCAUGUUUUUGUGGCACAUUGGAAAUGGACAUAUCAAAACACUAAGAGAAACAAAAUUACACACCCCAUCUGAUAAUACUAUCUAUAUUUCGACACACAAACCUGGAAACAAUGAGGUAUAACACCAUUAUUCAAAAUUUACCUAUACUCUUUUGAGCUUCUAAGGUGAACCACAUUCUACAGGGUAUCCACAAGGUCUGGGUACAUGGAGUAAAUAAAGUCAUAUUUGAAUAGGAAUUUCAGUACAAAUAUCAUUAGUGCAUUUGUGAAAACGUGAUUUCAUUACGUAAAUAAUUGAGUUACCGUACAGUAAUACCUCAAUUGACUAGGACCUGCUUUAGGAGAUCCCAGGUUUACAAGGUUUAUUUUUCUAGCACAAGAUCCAAAUUUUUGAGCGAAGUGCAAAAGGUUCUACUACCAUUAAUGCUUCUGCAUGUUACUAAGAAAUUUAUAAAUAACAAAAAAAAAGGCUUCUAAAGAAAGAACUCUACAUUCGUUUUUUAGAAAGAAAUCUACAGGUCCAUCUAUGAGUGCUUGUGAAUCGUUAAUUGCAUCUACUAGUGAUAGUAUGUGAGAGUCUAGUGUGAGUGAAAGUGAUUCAGAAAACAAUUAUAAUAUAUUUUGUCUAUUCUAAAUGAUCUGGACAUUCUUUUUACUUUAAAUAAAAUAUUCUUUACAUUCUUC